CGUUUUUGGGAGCUCCGAUAGGCGUGCGUGCCGACGCGAGGCAGCUCCGAGAGCGCGUGCGGGCUGCCGGAUAGACAAGCGGAGCAUGGCUGCGCCGGCGUAGAUACCUGAUAAGUGGUAUUUAUAGCUCGUGAGGCUGCCCCAGUAGCAAUGAAUACCUGGCAGCUCACGAGCUACGACGAGACCUGGGCCUUCCUGCGCACCGGCAUCGAGCAUACCUUCUCUGACGAGAAAGCGGACCCGCAGCGGCCCUGCGCCCGGGAACUAUCGAGAGUCGUCCGCGAGGUCGUCCAGGUCCGCCGCUGGGAGAAAGAGUUAUAUAACGCUUUAUGUGAGGAGCUCCAAUCGCAAGCCGACGCUUGUGUCUCACGAUGUACUGACGUAACGACGGUCGCGGCGGCGUGGCGCUCCUUUUCAUCAUCUCUGGGGACGGUCGUGACGGUCUUCCGAUGCCUGGACGCGGCGCUACGCGUGGGCCUGGAUCCCGUGUAUCGCGUGGGCACGACAUGUCUGAGGCGGUCGCUUGAACAGAGAGGCCUCUACGAGCCACUAGUGAGGGAACUCGUGCAAAUGACGCGGGCGCGCCUCGACGAAGGAACGAUAAAUGACUGCCGGGCCUGCGUCGAGUGUCUACGGAAGUUGGACUGGUACUCUUCAACAGAUUCAGAGGGCCCCUACCUCGAGGAGCUCGUGCUGCGAGACGCGCGCGACCGUUUUACCAGAGAGGCGUGCGCGCCGGCGCAAUGUUGUCGAGAGUACGUCCGACGUGUCGGUGCCGCGCUCGACGCCUGCGCCGCGACGUUCCUCUCAUCUACAACGGUGCCGCUCCUGGAAUCUGUGGUUGUUGAGCAUUUGGUAGCGCCCGCUAUUGCGCACGUCGUGGCGAGCGGCGCCGGCGCUCUGUUGGACGAGGCGCUUGGUGGGGACGCGUCGGCCGUGCAUGUACUGACGCGGCUCGGCGGCCUUUGUAGACGCGGCGACGCUUUGUGUGAUCUGCAGCGGGCCGUGUCGACGCACGCGGCGAAGCUGGCUCGUCAAACGCUGUCGGCGCCGGACGAGCGCGUCGGUUUCGAAGUACUAAAGCUCCUGGACGCUCUGACGACUAUCGUCGAGGCGGCCUUCACGAUAGAAUCUGUGGAGGCGGUCCCGACGGACGUCUGGGACGCCUUUAAUCGCAAAGAAGAGACACCUGCGACCUGGGGCGCGAAGUGCGUCGAGGACGCCAUGGAAGCGGCGCUCAAUGAGGAGGAUGAACGCUUCGCCGUCUGCGCGGCGCGCUGCUUCGACGCGACGCUGCGCACUGAUAAAACACCGAGCCUGCGCCUCUUCCGGCUGUGUCGGGCCAAGGACGUCUUCGAAGCGACUUAUCGAGCGGACCUGGGGUUGCGGCUGCUGGGGCACCUCACCACGAAAACGUCACAUGGCGCAUUGGGCCGCGAGCACGACGCCAUCAAAUCUCUUGAAAACGAGUGCGGCGCGUCCUAUGUCGCAAAACUCGAAGGCAUGUGCGUUGAUGCGUUACGGAGCCGCGCCAUGGUCAAGGGCUUUGCCCAUGCCAUCGCGAACCCGACGUUGCUAACAAGGGGGCCCUGGCCGGCCUAUCCCGAGUGUACGCUGGUGCUCCCGCCUCUCCUGGCCCGGGCCAAGGUCGAAUUUGAACAAUGGUACGCGUCGCACCACCAGGGCCGGAAGCUGCACUGGCACUGUGACCUAGGGUCCUGUGCCGUCCAGGCGAAGUACGCAACCGAUACGCUGGUGUUGGACGUCGUGCCGGCGCAGGCCUGCUUCCUCUUAGUUCUUGAUGAUGGUGUUUGUUUAUCGCGAGAGGCGCUCUCCACAAAAGUCGGGCUCGACGGCGCCUCUUUUGACACCGUCGCUGCUUCAUUAAUCGAGGCGCGGCUGAUCGUGUGCGAGGAUGAUGUGUAUGAGGCGACCCGGAAAAGGCCUGUGAACGGCACCGUCGCGCCGCCGCGCCACGACGCCGCGGCGCCGCUCCGGGCGCGCGUCGCCGACGCGGUGCGCAAGGACCGCGCGUACGCUGUGGAUGCGGCGAUUGUGCGCGUCAUGAAGGCGCGGCGGACGCUGCCGCAGAAGCGGCUGGUCGCCGACGUGCUGCGCGCGCUCGUGCACCCCGCGGCGGAAGGCGAUGUCAUGGCGCGCGUGGAGUCGCUCGUCGAGCGGGAGUACCUGGAGUCUUCUUCUCCGGGGGUGUUUAAUUAUUUACCGUAAUGUCCUUG